GAUUCGCGUGAUGCAACGCAUGGACCGUCCAACACGAGUAAUGAAGAGCCCAAAGACGUCAGUCAGCCCGACUGAAAUGCGUGCCGUCCCCACCCCCAGAUUUAUUCGUCCCGUCUUUUGAUACGCUAAGUACCCCAACCGUACAUCACACCUGUCAACAUUCGCCUGCUCAACACCAGUAACUUCCUCCUACUCAGGUAGUUAAACCUCGCCGUCCUCUUCAUCUCUCCCCACCAUACAACGAAAAACCUACCAACAAUCACCACCACCAUGUCCGGCAACCUCAAGCGCAAAGCACCCCCGACCCCCUCAAGUACAGCCAAAAAGACGCGUUCAAUAGCCUCCUUCUUCAGGCCGGCAGCUUCACCCAGCAGCUCCAACUCCGGCUCCAGCACCUCGUCGACUAAUGGCAGCGGCGACAUCGCGACCUCCACGCUCCCAAAAUUCAACAAAGCCACCUGGCUCUCCACCCUCACGCCUGAGCAGCGUACCCUUCUCUCCCUCGAGCUCUCGAGCAUCGGGCCGAGCUACCUCGGCCUGUUGGCCCCUCUCCUCACAACCCCACAAUUUCUCUCCCUCAAGGCGUUCCUCGCCUCGGAGCGCGGUCCCGUCUACCCACCCGCCCCACAGAUCUACACGUGGACGCGCCUGUGCCCGCUCCCGUCCGUGCGCGUCGUCGUGCUGGGCCAGGACCCGUACCACGGUCCCGGACAGGCCAUGGGGCUGAGCUUUUCCGUGUCCCCGCCGACCCCCGCGCCCCCGUCGCUGGGCAAUAUAUACAAAGCGCUGGCGAGGGAUUAUCCCGAUUUCCGGCCGCCGCCUGGGAGGGGCGGGGAUUUGAGCCCCUGGGCGAGGAGGGGGGUGUUGCUGCUUAAUGCAGCGCUCACGGUUAGGAGAGGCGAGGCGGCGUCGCAUGCGGGGAAGGGGUGGGAGAAGAUUACGGGCGCCGUACUAAGCCAUCUCGCCAAGGGGAGAGGGUGUGUUUUUAUGGUGUGGGGCGCGGACGCGCAGAAGAGGGUGAAGGAGGUGGGCAUUGAUGAGAAUAAGCAUUUGGUGCUGAGGAGUGUGCAUCCGAGCCCGCUGAGUGCGCAUAGGGGUUGGGUGAGUUACCUACCUACCGACGUGGAGCGAGGGGGCGUGGAGAGAGUGAGCGCUAAUAGUGGGUGUAGUUCGAUUGCGGACACUUCAAGAAGGCGAAUGAGUGGCUUGAGGCGCGCUACGGUGAGGCGGGACCGAUCGAUUGGAGUUUGCACGGGAGUACGCCGGUGGGGGUUAAGAGGGCGCCUGCGAAGGUGGAGGACAAGAAGGUGGAGGACAAGAAGGUGAAGGAGACGGAGAAGAAGGAUGAUGAGGAUGAGUUCGGCUUUGAUGACGAGGAGGAGGCGAUGGUCGAGGCGGCUGUGGAGGCGGAGAACGCGGCGAAGGCGGCUGCUGAAGCGGAGAAGGAGGCGGUGGAGAAGGCGGCGAAGAAGGUGGCCGAGCAGACUAAAGCUGAGGAAGAGGAAGAGGACGAGGCGGUGGAGAA